UGUCAAUUUGACAAUCGGUUUGUACAUAUUGAGGUCAAGAUAAUUUUAAUAAUCUUUUAAAUGUACUUUAUUGACUUAUAGUUUUACAAUUGUAUAUUUAUAUUAAAAUCUAAUCUAUUUAUGUAAAAUGGAUGAAUCAAAAAAAGAGCCUCAAACGCUCAGUGUCGAAGAACUUAAAAACAAAGGUAACGAAUGUGUAAAAGAUGGGAAAUUCAUUGAGGCAGUUUUACAUUAUACACAUGCUAUUAAAAUGGACCCUAGCAAUUACGUUUUGUAUAGUAAUAGGUCAUUUGCAUUUUUGAAACUGGACCAACAUUAUUUAUCAUUACAAGAUGCAAAUGAAACCGUUAAAUUACAACCGCAAUGGGCAAAGGGUUAUUUUCGACGUGCUGAAGUUGAAGCAGCAAGUGGUUUGUAUGAUGAAGCAAUUGUCUCAUACACUAUAGCUUUAAAACUUGAUCCUCAAAAUCAGAAACUGAUAGAGUCCAUUAAAAAUAUAACGGACACGCAAAAGCAAAAGAUACAAAGCAAUCAAAACACUAUUUGGAUAUGCACAUGUCUGGGAUUCAUUGUUGGUAUUGCAGUUGUUAUAUUGGAUUACUGUUGCACAACCAAUCCAACAUUAGGGCAUCCUUUCAGUAUGGUUGCAUUUUCAAUAGCAUUGGCAGGUUUAGGCUGGUCUAUUGGAAAGGCUGUAACAUUGAUGAAUACAUGGGGUGCAGGCAAGUCUCUCCAGCCACCUGAGGAUCUAGUUGGAAGUGACAAUGCAAAUAAAGAAACUGCUCAACCUGAAAAGAAGCCAAAGUACAGCAAAGCACAAGCAAGACAGAGAUUUAAACAGGGAAGGCUCUAGUGAUUUAUUAAUGUUCAUUAGUUGUAAUGGGAAUACGGGAAAUAUUGUAAGAAUUUGUUGUUUUUAUUGAUAUACAAAAGACAUAAGAUACUUGCCAUUCUUUUGAAUGUUUUACCUUACCCUUAGUAAAUGUUUGUAAUGUAUAUUACUUGGAUGGGUGUUGAACUGUCCAUUUUCUUUCUUCAACCAGUUUUUUUUCAUCUUAUCAGAAAAGUUUUUCUAUUGAACUUCAAAAAACCUUUAUAAUGAAGCAAGCUUCCAGUCAUUCCUACAUAACACCAGACAAAUUGAUCAUAAUGUGUGACUAUUGUUUGUAAUUAUUUUAAAUGCUAAAUUAAAAGCCAUAAACACGGUCAGUGUAAAAGGCGGGAAAAUAAAUAAAAUUUUGAUUAUAACUUACA